AUGAGUGAUACACUUUCGCUGCUGCCGAAUCUGGGUGGCAGCCAAAUAACGGUCGAGGCCGCUUUUCUCUCCUACGAAGUCUACGAAGUGAAUAUCUUCGUCGACGCGACAUUUCAGCUGUUCCUCACAUUGCUGUGCACUGGCGCGUUCGCGUCAGCUUCGGAAGAUACGAAACAACAGAAACGAGGUAUCAUCGGCAACGAUGGAUGGGUCGGUCUGCCAAGUCCUUACGGAUACGGACAUGGACAUCCGUGGACGAUCGAUCACACGCCUUGGAAAGGCAUAAAAUUGCCAGAAGUCAACCUACAUUCCGGGUUGCAUUUAGCAAGUGCACUUCCUGCUUACGGUAGAGGUAGCAUCACCCUGACGCCUGGAAUCGUGAAGACUCUCCCAGUGUACAUAACGAAGCAUGUGGUGUUGGAAAAGCCGGUACCAGUUCCUGAACCGGUGAUCAUAGAGAAACCGUAUCACGUACCGGUGGAAAAGGUGAUACCGAUACCGAUUGAGAAGAUUAUUCACAAACCGGUCCCUGUGCCGGUACCGGUGCCUCAGGCGGUGCCGAUUCCUGUGGAACAUCCCGUACCGAUUCCGGUGAAGCAUCCCGUUGCCGUACCAGUGCAACAGCCAUAUCCAGUCGCGGUGAAGCAUCCGGUGCCGGUGCCGAUAGCAGUCCCAGUUCCGGUUCCGGUGCAUUCACCCCAUCUAUUGGCCGCCGGAAACUUGGCUGGCGCCAUCUACAGUCGUGGCUAUGUACCCGGUCAACUCUUCGCGCCUUUACACCUUCAUCCGUUUAUGCACUUGCACGGUCACGGCUUCGCGCCUUUCUCCCAUGGCUUCGACCAUAAGGUUGGUCAUGUGUUGUCGCACGGUUACGGCCAUGGCUAUGGGUACAGUCCGUAUCAUGACGCCCACGUCGACGACCAUCUUGUUCACGCACACGACCACAAGAAGCGGAAAACUGAUAAGAAUUAGACAUCAGGGACGAUGAGCGCGUAUGGAAUAAUGAAAUUCUUUAAACUUGUAUGAUUGUACGUAACUAUAAUUUUUUAGGGGAGGAAGAAGAAUGUUAGAGAGAUUGCAACAGAAAGGGCGAGACCAGACAUUUUUUUAAGAGUUUUUUGGGACUGUGUCGAGAGAAAAUCGUUGUGGAGAAAGGAGCACUGUCGGCAUAGUAGUGUAGACUUCGAAUAAUGGAAAGAUAUGAAACAUCAUAAAAAGGCAUCCAUGAGAGAUUUAGGAGAGACAUUCGAGUGAUUUUUGGGUAAUUGGAGGCUUAAGGAAUUUCGUAAAUUCGCAAGUUGUCGCAUCUUGUAAAUUUGAAAUUAUAUAGGUUGAAUUCACAUGAUAUAUAUAUAUAGCGAGUUUUCAAAAGGCACAGGCGAUGUGAAUCGUUAAGUAAUACUAUACAUGAGAAUAUUUUAUAUUU